AUUCAACUCAACUUGACCGUCGAAUGCCAGUCAGGCCCCAUUUAAUGCGCCGCUGUAUAGAUUUCUUUUGAUCAUUUUUCUGUAGCCCUUUUUAGUAGUCCGGCUUGAAUGGGCUCCCUGCCAGCUGCGACGCACCGAACUGCGGGCCCGUCUCAUGCGCCACGCGUCAUUCGCGGCACUGAACCCGGUCUCAUCGAUCCAACCCAACCUUCCCGUUUAUUGCGUUCUCCAGAUUCCAGGCUCUCCUUCGCCUCCUUUGAUCCUCGUACCGCUCUUGCUGGCGAAGAUGUCCCAGAUUUGCGCAAAUUGUCUAUUGACGAUGACCUUCCCCCUCCCAAACGCAUCGUCAUCGAAACAACUCCCAAAGGCACGAGCUUUUGGAGAUUCGUGCCCAAAGCACGCCUGGAUGAAGGUGUACGUGAUGAGGGCUUCUGGCCACGAGUAGUAGAAUUAUGUGGUGAACACGUGUUUUGCUACCAAGAGCAGUGGGAGAUUUACAAGCUGGACCCAGAAUAUCAUUGCACCGUUCACUUUGGCUUUAAAUUUACAUCCAUUGUGAAGGUUGAUUCCGAAGCUCAGCGCUCUAGAGCUCCUCCACCGCCAGGGCCAAAGCGCCCACGCGCACGUACGCCUACUCCUGAAGCCGAUACGCCACUUCCGAGCAAAAGAGCGCGUUCGCGGCGUGCUCAUGUCGAUGACCACAGCAGCGAUAGUGAAUCUGACGAGGACGAAGAAGAAGUGAAGCAAAUGAUUGUUGAUGGCCUUCCUCGUCACAGGGCCAAGCCCCCAACGAAUGUUGUGCGACCCGGAAGGGAAGAAUUGAAAAAAGAGCGGGACACAAGAUGGCAGAAGAACAAGGAAGCACAAGCAAAGUACAGGCAAGAAUCUCGAGCUGACGGACAGCCGAUGUCCAUGGACGCGGAACAAUUUGCAUCCCAGAGCAAUACUGGAACACAAGCCGAAGAGACCACGAAACGAAAAAAAAAUGGAUUUGCCGCUGACACGGAUGACGAACUGCCACCAGAACGCCCCUCUACCAAUGGCCAUACGCGAAAGCGCCAGCGAACCACAUCGCCAGCUCAGGCCAAACCGGCUCUGCAACACUCAAAAGUGCAACGUGAAAAGCGGAAACAAGCGAAAAUCAGGGCAAUGGACGAACGCCAUCAACAAGGAUUUAAACAAGUGUUUGCUGAUCACUACCCAAUUAAUAUUGACGAACUACUGAGUGAUCAUGGAAAGCCGUCGACAUGUCCUGCUUCACAAGAACAGUCCGAGUCUUGUGACAGCGAAGAGAGCGAAGAGGCCAUGCGAGAAGCCGAACUCGCGGAGUCUAUUCGCAAAAUGCGCGAACUUGACCGCGAUAGACCUCUUUGGGAGGAACAGCGAAGGAAGCGUGAGGCACAUGAGCGUGCCGAAGAACAGGAACGUCAGGCCAAAGCCGAACAGCGGAGAAGAGCUGAGGCAGAAAACCAAAGGCAGCGACGUGAGGAGGCCGAAUGUCAGGCACGCCAGAUCCGAGCGGAAGCCGAGCAACGCGCUGCAGAAGAGGAAAGGCGACGGCAAGAACAGCGACGGCUCAGGCAACGACAGCGCUGGGACUUCGGUGUUUGGACAAGUCAUCGAGCCCUGGAACGAUACAAGAUCCUAAGUGAGGAGUUUGACGCCGCAAAAUUCACACCUGAUCAGCCGAUCACUUUUCUUGACGUCCCGUGGCCUGUGCUCCAUCCGCCUUCUCGUCUAACAGUCGAGGAUGUCGACUGGUCCGCGGUGGAGAGAUUUUUUGCAACUGUCAGGACCUCUAUGCGUCCUCAAGACUAUAAAGACUUUGUUGAAAAAAGUCAUCGGAGAUUCCAUCCGGAUAGAUGGCGCGCACGUAAGGUGUGGUCUGCUGUUCGGGACGAUGUAGAACGCAGUUGCCUCGAGGUUGCCGCCAACACAGUCGCCCAAGCUAUUACGCCAAUUUGGAGAGAAGUAAAACCACAUUGACACACAUCAGUUGCGGCAUACAUGGAUCGCGCGCAUUUAAUAGAUACCCUCAUAUGAACUUAUCGCUUCGCUUGACUUGGUUUACAUCGAUGGGCGACCAUAUCUGAAACUUGAUCUGUGCACAGGUAUAGCUCCAAAAGACACCUGUGGAGCUUCACUAUGAAGUUAGCUCCGCCCGGCGCCACUUCUCGCAUCAUGCCAGCGCUCGGUGUCUAGAUGGACGCCGAAGGAUGAUGGGUUCAGCUCGCUGUUCUCAUUUCUGGGCUGAGGGCGAGCUGACUCGUUAACCAUUAUCAGAAGCGAGCGUAGCAAAUGAACGUUUGAGUUCUUUCCGAAAGAGUAAUUUGAUUGCGCUAGAUGGGCCAGUCCAACCAAGGUCAGACCUGUUAUCUGGUAUCAUCAAACCAGUUCCAAACGGCACUUCAUG